AGGCGAGUCUGUGGAAAAUGACUGGAGGGAGGCUGUUAUCUGAUGCUAAUUUUACUCUUUAUCACCAUGAAACGUCUUUUAUGUUUAGUAAAGUCGAGUUUUUGUCUGUUUUAGAGACGUACCGAGCAUCAGUGAAUGAUUCCCGCUGACUGUGGAGGGUUUUAUUGACGUAAGUAACGGUUAGACUCGGAGCCGUUAGUUUUUUCAGGAUGCCGCGAGACAACAAGACCCCCCUGAUCCAGAAGAUCGCCAAACAGGCCUACAUCACCUUCAAAGGCUGCAAAACGAACGGGAAUAACGGGCAGAACAACGUGGGACCCGACAGACACUCCGAACUCAUCUCUCUAGUGACUGCCAUCAGAGCCGCGGACCUCAAAAUCCCACCCCGGAAAGCCAAGCCGAGCCCCGGGGCAGCGGGCCCCCAGAACCCCCCGGUCAGCUACAUGCACAUCACGGAGACGGAGGUGUUCAGCAUGGGGGUAUUUCUGCUGAGGGAGGGGGCCUCCAUCCCUCUGCACGACCACCCGGGGAUGAACGGGAUGCUCAAGGUGCUGUAUGGAAAGGUGAGCGUCCGCUGCUUCGACACGUUGGACGACCAGCUGUCAGUCAGUCCGCCUCAGUUUGACCCGCCCCUUGCUCCUCAUCAAAUGGCAUUGGUCCGGCGCUCCGUGCUCCGCUCGGUGGCGGAGUACUCGGAAACCUCGGGGCCGUGCCUCCUCACUCCUCUGAGGGAUAACCUCCAUCAGAUCGACGCUGUGGACGGGCCCGCCGCCUUCCUGGACAUCCUUGCUCCUCCAUACAACCCCGACGACGGGCGGGAUUGUCACUACUACAGAGUCCUGCACGCCAACGGGGAGGGGCCGGAGGAGGAGAAGGAGGGGGCAUGGUUGCUAGAGGUCCCUCAGCCUGAGGACUUCUGGUGUGGUGGGGAGGCGUACCCAGGUCCGGUGGUCUCUGUCUGAUCAGAGCGAAGAGAUGGACAGCAGUAAUGGGAUUCAUCCAAUCACAGGGGGAGGGCUCUGAUCUGCCCCGCCCCCUACAGGACAGCCAAUCACUUCAAAGGGGAGAAACGUUGCGCUCAGGGACGCUUCAGCAGAACUUACAGGAUAACCAUAAGGACAACCACGAACGUCUCGGGGAAACAGAAGGCAUUCCUCUCUGCAGACGGUCUCUGACUGUGACGGUCUGAACGUUCUCCUCGCUGGUUCUCCUUUUAGAACUUCCCACAUCCCCUGCCAGUCUGGAUACCAAAGUUGGACUCUAGGGCGGGGCAAUACGGCUGUUAAAGUCUCAGUAAAGCUCACAUCUCAACAUUUCAAACACUUAAAACAACGCGACUGUCGGCAGUUUGUCCUCGAGGUUCAGACGUUUGUCUCUGGUUUUAGUGGGACAGAAAUCUGCUCGAAAUGCUGAAUUUUUUAAAGCUCAAAGCUGCUAUCUGAUUGGCUGUUAAUCCAUCCAUCAUUGAUUAGACUAUCCAGGGCUGAUCACUGUUAUUGAUCUAAAAUAAUCAGGACUGAGCUGCCGUAUCUCCCUCCCCUGCAGUCUCUGUUCCUUCUGCCUUCUGUGUGAUUAUUGAAUGUAAACUUCUUAAAGAGUGACUUUUCUCUUCUUCACUUGUUUCUUUUCUAAAGUGCACACACUACCUUAUAUAUUCACUUUAAUUUUAUGUUUGUGUUCCACUCAUUCCAGCUCUUUCUCAGGUCUGAUGAAAUGAUUUUUAUUUAAUAUCCAGAGGUUUAAAUGAUGAAUAGGAGCAAAAAGACGAGUGGAUACUGCAGCAGCCGCAGCGUUACAGAAGGAUCACUCUAGAGAUGGAGUUUCUGUUCUGUUUUUAGGAUUUUCUGGUGAAUUAUCAGUGAUCAGAGCAGUGUAUUUAAGGAGAAGUAGACACAAAAUACAAGUUAAAGGAAGUUUGGCUUCAGAAAAAAAUAAGUAGAGGGAAUGAUAAAACUGUAACAAGGAGAGGGAGAAAAUUCUCAGAAAGCUCUAAAACAAUGAGUCAAAUCUGUGUAGAGGCUACCUUAAAUCUUAGAGGCACAGACAGUGCAGGGUGCAAAAAUGGAAGGACAAAUCUAUUAUUUUAGCAUCGGCAUCUGGAGAUAUUAAUCCUGUUGACAGAUGUGAACCUGAGAGGAAAUAAUGUAGCAUGAAUUGGUAACCUUGCAAAGCAGAUGGAUUCGCCCAUUUCCGUGUUUGUUACUGGCGAAUCCAUCUUGCAAAGCUCCCAUCUGAACCCUUUAGGCCCAGUUAGAAAGUGACAGGACCAAUCAGGAGUAAG